AUGUUUACUCAUGUUAUUCGACGUACUUUUAUACCUUGUCUUAUUCAACGAUCUCUGUCGAUAGCUACAACUAAUUCUACGUUAUCUUCGUCUCCAAUACGGAUAUGUAUUGUCGGCAGUGGUCCAGCUGGUUUCUAUUUGACACAAAAUCUACUUAAACUUAGUCAGACAAUACCAACAACAAUAGACAUAAUUGAAAGAGCACCAGUACCGUUCGGUCUCGUUCGAUAUGGUGUUGCACCUGAUCAUCCCGAAGUGAAAAAUGUGAUGCAUACAUUUACAAAAAUAGCAGAACAUGAAAAUGUACGUUUUAUUGGUAAUGUUCAUAUUGGCAAAACGGUUGGAUUAAAAGAACUACAAGAUUUCUAUCAUAUUGUUGUUCUUGCUUAUGGUUCUUCUGUUGAACGUAGUUUAAAUAUUCCUGGCGAAAAAACAUUAGCAAAUGUUUUUUCUGCAAAAGAUUUUGUUGGAUGGUAUAAUGGUGUACCAGAAAAUGCUGAACUUCGACCACAACUUGAUCGUACAGAUCGAGCUGUGAUUAUUGGAAUGGGAAAUGUAGCACUCGAUUGUGCUCGAAUUCUUCUUUCGUCGAUUGAUGAUUUAGCUAAAACAGACAUUACUGAUCAAGCAUUGGAUAUACUUCGCCAAAGUCGAAUCCGUCAUGUCACACUUGUUGGCCGACGCGGACCUAUGCAAGUAUCAUUUACUAUAAAAGAACUUCGCGAACUUACGAAAUUAACUGGUGUGAAAUCAAGAUUGAAUCAAGAAGAUUUCAAUCGAAUCGAUCAAAAUAUGAUUGAUAAAUUAGAACGACCAAGAAAAAGAUUAACUGAAUUAUUGCUCAAAACAGUUCAAGCAAAACACUCAAAAGAGAAAGUAGCAGAACGUUUUUGGUAUUUAAAAUUUUGGCGUCGUCCAAAACAAUUCAAUGGAAAAACCACCGUCGAAAGUAUUGAUUUUGAACAUACACAGCCGGUAGGAAAUUGCAAUUUUUCUGAAGAAAAUCUACCUGUUCAACAAAAUCAAACCAUCGAAACAAUACCAUGCGGCCUUGUUAUCAAAAGUAUUGGUUAUCAGGGUAUUCAAAUCGAUCCAUGGUUACCAUUUGAUCAUGAACGUGGUGUUAUUCUAAAUCGACAAAAUCGUAUUGAUGAUCGACCUGGUUUCUAUUGUGCCGGUUGGAUUGGACGAGGAGCUCGGGGUGUUAUUGCUGAAACUACAACAGAAUCCCAUACAAUUGCUAAACGAAUUAUCGAUGAUAUUGAACAAGGUCGUUUGGUUAAUUUACGUGACAUUAAAUCAGGAGGCGACGGUUUAGUAUCUCUGGCUAAAUCUCGUCAGGUUCGAUGCAUUUCCUAUGAAGAUUGGAAAAAACUUGAUGCACAUGAAACAAAUCUUGGUCUUUCAAAAGGAAAACCACGUGAAAAGAUACUUAACAUUCAAAAAAUGCUUGAAUUAACUGCGCCGUAA